UGUUCCCUAAACUCCAUGUCCUUUUCCUUCUGGGCACAGUUCAACUAUAUUUUCCAGAUGCCCUUGCAGGCGUCCUAUAAGCCAUUGUUGAAGCAGGUUGUGGAGGAAAUCUUUAAUCCUGAGAGGCCAGAUCCAGUUGAUAUUGAACACAUGUCUUCAGGCCUCACUGAUCUCCUUAAAACUGGAUUCAGCAUGUUCAUGAAGGUGAGCCGGCCUCAUCCCAGCGACCACCCUCUCCUGAUCCUCUUUGUCGUGGGCGGAAUCACAGUCUCGGAAGCCAAAAUGGUCAAAGACCUUGUGCCAUCCCUGAAGCCAGGAACCCAGGUAAUCGUGCUGUCCACGCGACUCCUGAACCCACUUAACAUUCCUGAGCUGUUAUUUGCAACUGAUCGGCUACAUCCAGACCUUGGCUUCUGAACAGAUAUCUGCUAAGAUGAGACCUACCUGAGCUGGAAAUACCAAUACUAUCGUCUGUCACCAUUCCAGUUUGCCUCCAAAACCAGUGUUCCUGUUCCUAAGCGUGGGUAUGACUGAGUUCUGCCUCCAGGGUCUUGACAACAAUGCCACUUAGUAUUGUGCUUAGAUUGCUGGGAUUCUUAAAAAGGUUUUUUUUUUUCAUGUUUGUAAAUGUGUAGAACUGUCUUUCAGCUGGCUUAAUUCACGAUAAUUCCCAUUUACUCUUCUCUCUUUAUUGGAGAUCCUGAUUCCACCUGAAGGCUCGUUAGGUCUAAGUAAGUGCCUGUUGGCGAGCUUUGUUAGAUUACAAGCGUUUAAUCUGCAGUUGCUCCAGAAGUUAGAUAUUGUUUAGAAUUAUGAGUGUGAGGAAAGUUUGGUUUUAUUUUUUAAGAUUAUAAACUGAGGAGGGAACAUGGCAAAUAGGAUUUGAGACAUUUCUGAAAAGGCUAGAAAGGGAGGGUGGCCACUUGGGCAGCACUGUUAGUCUGCCCACCAUGUGACUUGGCCUGGUAACAAGGGCUGCAUUGUUCCAGCCUCUUCCAGGCAGAGCCACCAGCCUGCUUGGAACAGCAGUGGGAGAGAGGCUGAUUGGAGGGCUUCUCUGCCAUAGAAGGUUUCCUCCCCUCCCAGAGGAAGGCCCCAGUAAAGAUAUCUGAUCUGUGGGAGACUAGAUUGAAGCCCCAACCCCUGUGACAUUUGUAAUUUAGCAUUUCUGUUGAAAUAUAAAGCUUUCUUUUUUGUAAAUCUAACUUUUCCUUCUGGACAUAGAAGAAAAACGUAGGCCCACCUAAUGAAAUUAUAUAAGAACUCUGGCAAAAAUAAGGUGCUUGAAACCCACACAUUUGUAGAUGUAUGGUUGAUAGAAAUUUCUAGCAUCUCUAAGAGAUAUUUUAAUAGAGAUAAAGCUGGAAAAGUUUCUAGUGUGGGAUAAACAAGUAGAGGAAAUAAAGUGUAAGCCAAAACACUAGUGUGUCUCUGAUUUUAGUUCUCUAUAAAACACCAUCACUUUUAAUUAAAAAACACUCAAGUUGGAAAUAAUUCUGAGACAUUAAGCAGAAGCUCUUUUUUGGUCCAAGUAUGUUUUCCACCUAACACCAGUUCUUCCAUGGUGGUGAAACAUUGAAGAUCUCAGAUGCUUCUUUCAUUCCACUAAUUUAGAAGUUUGAGUGUGCAUAAGGAAGAAAUGAUAAUAGCCACACACACAAAAAGAGGAUAAUUAAAGCAGAGAUCUCUAUUUUCUAAAAUAAAAAAUAAUCUGUUAUGUGACUCAAAUCUGCAUUCAUUCAUUCAUUCAUUCAUUCAUUCCCAAAUCCUGAGUGGCACAUUGCAGGCACUCUGCUAGGUUGUAGACUAUGGCAGUGAAUGAGCCAGAGGCAAGCCUGACUCUGUGACUCUCACAGAAUGAGCAGCUGGUGCUUCUCCAGAUGGCCCUGUGUAUCUGCUCAAGGUUAAGUUUUAAACCAUAUGUCUACAUGCACAGGAAACUUUCUGGAAAUACAGAAACCAAACCGCUACCAAGUGGCUACCCCUGGGAAAGAGUAUAGAGUGGGAGGACUAAGAAAAGAGGGAAUCUUGCCCUUGAUAUACUUCUGUGUAGUUUGAAUUUUUCUUUACAGCCAACAUGUAUUUAUAACUUUUGUGGCUUCAUUGUACUUUUACAAGUAAUUUUUUCUUUUAGAAAAGAAUAUUCAAAAGCAUCCAACCUGAAGUGAUUAAAGAUGGAAGUUCCUGAUUGUAAAUCUUAACAUUAAGUAGUUAGUAUGCCCCCAAAUGCUCUCAAUACUAUAUUAAAUAUGGCCAAAGGCAGUCUGUGAGCAGUGAGGGGAAAUAUGUCAAAAAGUUUGGUCUAUAUAAUAAUCUUUUUCUAUGUCCACAGUCGCUGAUUGGAGGAGCUGAGCUAGGCAGGGAGUCAGGUAGCAGGAGGCUUUGGGGAAGAAGUGAGCAGGAAGAAAUUCAUGAUGACCAGAGUCGGGUUUGGAUAAUAAAGAAGGAGAUACAGGCCCUUUCUCCAUCACCAAUUUAUGUGAGCCACAAGUAGUUGUGUGGAUUCCAAGGCUGACACCCUGACUUACCAAUUUAACUGCAUCUACAUGUACCAGUUCUUAAGGGAUUUUCCCCCUCCCAGAUGUCAGCCAUCUGAAGGCUGCUUACAAGGCUGGGCUGUGUGGUAGAGCUGGUUUCUCCUCUCUCAGGCUGGGUCUGAGUGUUUACCACCGACAGUCUGGCUGGCCAGAGCCAAAACAAGCACAUACAGGUGCAAACCUUCUGCCAAGGACCUCACAGGCCACUCUUUAUAAACACAACUGAUAGGGGGGUAAAUACUCUGUAGCAAUUGACUUCUGCCUUUGUAAACCCUCUUUCUGACUCCGGCAAACAUAGCGGGCACAGCAAAGUAUUUCGAAGUGGCUGGGAGCUGCACUGGCCCAGGGUUAUCCCCAGAGGGCCAGGCCUAUGGAAAUGGCCCUGUUUACACCAGGGGCCCCCUCCACUACAAUAUUAUCCCAAUCACAAAGAAUGCCAUCAAACUUCCCCAAAGGCUACUGUUAUUUAUUUUACCCUGGUUACCAGAAACAGAAUCUCAACAACAAAUAACCAGUAUUACAAACGUCUGCCAUCCCUGCCCAAGAAACAUUAAGAAACUCCAUUCCCUACUUUUAAAGGAAUUUAAAAAGACAACACCAGAUGAUGGAGGGUAUUUGAGGAGGGGGCCUGGGGGAUGGUGGCUGGGAUCCUGCCACAAAUCAGCAAUAACCCUAAUCCUGUUCUCCUCACACUGUUAGGAGAGUCAUGAGGACAAUGAGAAUUUUCUGGAAACUUCUCUCUUUAGACUCUAAAGGGAGUGCAGAAAACACCAGUUUUUUCCUGGGUUAUUUAUUACAAUAAAGAAAGCCCUAUAGUUCCUGCUGGGCCAUUACCCUCGUGCCCCGUCCUGAGUGACCAGCAGAGCCUCCGCAGGGCCGUCCCCAUCUCCCGGCCUGUGCAGAACCAGGAGGUACCCCACUGCUCAUUUGGGAGAGAUUUGCACAAGCCUGUUCAUUCACCCCGAAAACACCGUUUGUUUGCACCCUCCUGGGGUGUAAA